AUGACGGGAGAAUCAAGCAAAUUUGCAGAUAAUUCCAAUACAAAUGUUAAAGAAUGGCAAGACUUUGAUUAUAAUUGUGGCCUGAACAAACCUUUCUAUCUAACCACUGCCAUAAAUUAUAUUAAUGGAGUACCACAUAUAGGACAUGCAUACGAGAUUAUUGUAUCAGAUGCUAUUGUCAGAAUUGCCAGGAUAUUUGGAUACAAUACUAGAUUCAUGACUGGUACAGAUGAACAUGGUCUGAAGAAUGCAACAGUUGCAUCUAAUAAUAAUAUGACACCUAAGGAAUUAUGUGAUUUAAAUGUAAUUAAAUUCAAAGAGAUGAAUAAGAAACUAAACAUUUCAACUGAUAGAUUUAUAAGAACUACGGAUAAGGACCAUUACAAAGCUUGUGAAGAAAUUUGGAAACGUUGCAUGGAUAGUGGUGAUAUUUAUUUAGGAAUUUAUACAGGAUGGUAUAGCAUCAAAGAAGAAACAUUUGUUACUGAAUUAGAGGCUAAAAUGACGAAUUACCUAGAUAGUAUAACAGGUACUCCACUAGUUAAGAUGGAUGAACCUUCUUAUUUUUUCCGUUUAACCAAAUAUUUACCUAGUGUACAUGCUCAUAUUUUGGAAAAUCCGAACUUUAUCCAACCUGAAAUAUUAAGAGACAAUAUUCUUUCUAGAUUAGAUAAUAUGCAAAAUCCAGCAGAUCUAUCUAUAAGUAGAAUCACUUUCUCUUGGGGUGUACCAGUUCCAAAUGACCCUCAACAUGUUAUGUAUGUGUGGUUUGAUGCAUUGACCAAUUACAUAACAGGUCUUAAUUGGCCAAAUGAAGAUAAUGAACUUUGGAAGACUUAUUGGUCAAAUACUAUCCAUAUCGUUGGUAAGGAUAUUGCUUGGUUUCAUUGUAUUAUCUGGCCUGCAAUGUUAAUGAGUGCUAAUAUUCCAUUACCCAAAACAAUUUUUGGACAUGGGUUUGUUACAGCUUCAGAUGGUAAGAAGAUGAGCAAAAGUUUAGAAAAUGUUGUAGACCCUUUAGAACAAAUAGAACUAGUUGGGACAGAUACUUUUAGAUAUUAUAUUUGUAGAGAAGGUAAAUUUGGAUAUGAUUUUAAAUUUAAUACAACAUCUAUAGUUGAUUAUCAUAAUGGAGAAUUGGCAGAUUCAUUUGGAAAUCUUGUUUCACGUACUACUAAUUUAGCUCACAAGUUCUGUGGUGGCAUUGUUCCUGCUAAAUUAUGUAGUUCAAAAAUUUCAAAACCAUUUUGUCCCAAAGGUGUAUUAGAAAGAUAUGGCUAUAGUUGGAAUAAAUACAGACUUGAGGAAUGUGCACAGAUAUCUAUGCAUACAUGCAGAGAGGUUAACAAAUUCCUUACAGAUAAUGCUCCAUGGAAUAAAUCAAAUGAUUUAACAGAUGAAGAUCGUAUUGAAAUUAUUCGUAUAGUACUUGAAAGUAUCUAUUACCUAGCUCACUUGAUGGCUCCGUUCACACCAAAUGCUUGUGAACAAAUUUCUUCACGUUUAGGAACUCCUCUAACAAUUAUUCCUCUACUAGAUACAGAUUUUAAUAAUUUGAAGCAAGGCACACCAUUGACAAUUGGUAACCCAUUGUUUAUUAAAAUAUCAUCUAAAUCUAAAAAAUUAUUAGGAAAUACUAACUCCAAUGAGGAGUAUAAAAAAGUGUUGUAA